UUCACUCGGCGAGAAAGACACAAGAGUGCGAGGAGUUUAGUGUGCCUUUUGCAGGCGCUAACCGGCCGGCGUACGAGGCUGGAGCUCAGGAACGAGCUUUUCGUCACUGGGACCGUCCACGGCGUCGACUGCAACAUGAAUGUCACGCUGAAGGAUGCUGAAACAGAGAAGCUGAACGUUAGCUUGUUGUGCCCCCAUGUGAUCGAGCACGGG